UGUGUUACCUUUGCAGUAGAUAUGGCCUGAAGUUGUAGUAUCAGUGAGGCAUGUUAUCAAUUAUUAUUUUUAUUAACUGACUGUCACAGCUCGCAGUUAACCUUUUUAGAGUCCUGAAUGAUUCAUAUAUUUUUGAUGAGUGAUUUUCCUUUUUAUCUUUAUAAACCUAUCUCACAUAAGCGAUACCCGCUGUUGUAUGACUGCCUGAGGCAUCAAUCAGCAAAUAAUUAUUUUUUGUACAGUAACUUAAUGCUAUUUUUUAUUUUUUAUAUCCUUAUAGCUAUAUACAACUUUUUUACGUUUCUUGUCCUGGGUUGAUUCAUGUCAGCUCUAGGUUCAAUUGAAGCUAUUUCCUUUGACACAUGUUGCCAUGCAUGAAAAUUAGCAUGCUUGCUUUAUUGAGUUGUCUGUAUGAAUCUUUUCCUAGAGCUUUACUGCAACCUUUACUAUGUCUGUGCUACUGUAUGUGCUUAUUGCCUUCUUUCCUACCCCAUAUUCCCUCUAUGAUAUGAAUAUAUAAGAUUUGAAAAAUAUAUUAUGAAUAAUUGAUGUAUUUGAUCUCAACGUAAACUAUAUCGUAACUGUUGAAUAAUUAACAUUAAAUACAAGACAAUGAAAAGAAUACAUAAGAAUCAAGACUCAUACUUUAUAGGAACUGACGAAUAUAUUGUUCUCUCAAGUCAGUGUCCCUUGCAUUUAUUAUCCUGACAAAUAAACAUAUUCUUAUUAUGGUCCUUCAAUAUAUACAGAUUGAUGGCAAGGAGCAAAUGGAAGAAACAGCCCUGUUAGCUGAACCUGAAGGUCAAGGUAACAGUCAAGAAGAAGAGGAAAACAUCUCGUAUAAGGUUAAGGGGGUCGCGGAAGCUGAGAAUAUUCAGUUAUCUGUUUGUUCAGACGAGAUUGAUAUUCAGAGAGCUGCAACGUUGAUUCAAGCUUUAUUUAGAGGAUUCAAAACUAGAAAAUUCCUUCAGGAUUUAACUUUUAAGAAAGUUAAAAAGGAAGUGACAAGAAACUUCGAUUAUCCUGAAAUAAUAAAGGCGACAACAGUAAUACAGUCAGCAUACAGAGGUUUCAGAGUAAGAAAAUAUCUUAAGACUGUAAAUUUGAGUAUCACCGAUACCCAAAUGAAAAAUGAAACUGAAAAAGCUGCAGUAGUGAUUCAAUCAUUAUACAGAGGAUACCAAACAAGAAAAAAACUCAAACGUCCAGAAUUUUGGAAGUCUAAAUCAACUGAAUACGAUUUUGAUUAUCCCGGUGUUCACGAAGCUGCUGUUUUGAUCCAAGCUUUGUUUAGAGGCUUUAUGACUAGGAAGGAACUUCAGACUUCAAAAUUACAUGAAUCAAACCCAAACAUUGAUAUGAAUGACCUUCAACAUCAAAACGCGGCAGUGGUAAUUCAAUCAACUUAUCGAGGUUACAAAGCAAGAAAGAUUAUUAGUGGCUCAAACCUAAUAGAAACUCAACUGCUUGAUCUUUAUAUAAAUAACCCUAAGAUUGUCCAUGCAGUGAUAAAAAUACAGGCAGCAUAUCGAGGUUUUAAAGUGAGAAAAAAAGUAAAAUAUUCAAAACUGAAGCCGGGUCUCGCAGGAGAUAUUGACUUAAAUGAUCCGGAAGUUCAAAAAGCUGCAACGGUUCUUCAGUCAUCGUAUCGAGGAUUCAAAACAAGGAAGGCAAUUCAGAAUCCUCAAUCAGUGAAAAAUGCGUCGAAAGAUACUGAUGAUACCAACAGCCGAGAUUCAGAUGCCCAACUUGAAGAUGAAAUAAUAAAUUUGGACGAUCAGGAGGUUCAGAACGCAGCUACACAUAUACAGUCCGGCCUUAAAAACACUGAUUUUAAUGAUCCUAUAUAUCAGAGAGCUGCAACAGUUAUACAAGCAUUGUAUCGAGGAUUUAAAGCAAGAAAAAAACUGAAAGCGUCAGAUAUAGAUUACGCAGCUGACGUGGAUAAUAUUGAACUUCAAAACGCGGCAGUUGUGAUUCAGUCAUUAUUUCGAGGGUUCAGAGCGAGGAAUAAGAUUAUAAAUUCAAAUGCUGUCGACACUGUAGCCGAGGAGGAAAUGCAUCAUGAGGAUCUUGAGCUGAAGAACGCAGCAAUUAUGAUCCAAUCAAUGUUUAGAGGCUUCAUUGUAAGGAAAAAAAUGAAGGAUUUCGAAUCAAAAGGAUGCCAACUAGAAGCGGAAGGCGACAUGAACGACCCUGUAGUUCAAAAGGCUGCCAUAGUGAUCCAGUCAAGUUAUCGAGGGUUCAAAACAAGAAAGACUAUUAAGGGUUCUAAUACAGAUAAAGCCAGUCCCGGAAAUGAAAUCGACUUGAAUGAUCCCGAAGUUCAAAAGGCGGCAACAGUGAUUCAGUCAUCUUAUCGUGGGUUCAAAACUAGAAAGGAUAUUAAGGGUUCUAAUUCAGAUGAGGCCAAUCCUGAAAAUGAAAUCGAUUUGAAUGACCCCGAAGUUCAAAAGGCAGCAACAGUGAUUCAGUCAAGUUAUCGAGGGUUCAAAACAAGGAAGAAUAUUAAGGGUUCUAAUUCAGAUGAGGCCAAUCCUGAAAAUGAAAUCGACUUGAAUGACCCCGAAGUUCAAAAGGCAGCAACAAUGAUUCAGUCAAGUUAUCGAGGGUUCAAAACAAGGAAGAAUAUUAAGGGUUCUAAUUCAGAUGACGCCAGUCCUGAAAAUGAAAUCGACUUGAAUGACCCCGAAGUUCAAAAGGCAGCAACAAUGAUUCAGUCAAGUUAUCGAGGGUUCAAAACAAGGAAGAAUAUUAAGGGUUCUAAUUCAGAUGAGGCCAAUCCUGAAAACGAAAUCGAUUUGAAUGACCCCGAAGUUCAAAAGGCAGCAACAAUGAUUCAGUCAAGUUAUCGAGGGUUCAAAACAAGGAAGAAUAUUAAGGGUUCUAAUUCAGAUGACGCCAGUCCUGAAAAUGAAAUCGACUUGAAUGACCCCGAAGUUCAAAAGGCAGCAACAAUGAUUCAGUCAAGUUAUCGAGGGUUCAAAACAAGGAAGAAUAUUAAGGGUUCUAAUUCAGAUGAAGACAGUCCUGAAAAGGAUAUUGACUUGAAUGAUCCUGAAGUUCAAAAGGCAGCAACAGUGAUUCAGUCAAGUUAUCGAGGGUUCAAAACAAGGAAGAAUAUCAAGGGUUCUCAUUCAAAUGAAGCCAGUCCUGAAAAUGAUAUUGACUUGAAGGAUCCCGAGGUUCAAAAGGCGGCAACAGUGAUUCAGUCAUCGUAUCGAGGGUUUAAAACAAGGAAGAAUAUUAAGGGUACUGAUCCAGAUAAAGCUAUUCCUGAAAAUGAAAUCGACUUGAAUGAUCCUGAAGUGCAGAAGGCAGCAACAAUGAUUCAGUCAAGUUAUCGAGGGUUCAAAACAAGGAAGAAUAUUAAGGGUUCUAAUUCAGAUGAAGCCAAUCCUGAAAAUGAUAUCGACUUGAAUGACCCCGAAGUUCAAAAGGCGGCAACAAUGAUUCAGUCAAGUUAUCGAGGGUUCAAAACAAGGAAGAAUAUUAAGGGUUCUAAUUCAGAUGAAGAUAAUCUUGAAAAUGAUAUCGACUUGAAUGACCCCGAAGUUCAAAAGGCGGCAACAAUGAUUCAGUCAAGUUAUCGAGGGUUCAAAACAAGGAAGAAUAUUCAGGGUUCUAAUUCAGAUGAAGCCAAUCCUGAAAAUGAUAUCGACUUGAAUGACCCCGAAGUUCAAAAGGCAGCAACAAUGAUUCAGUCAAGUUAUCGAGGGUUCAAAACAAGGAAGAAUAUUCAGGGUUCUAAUUCAGAUGAAGCCAAUCCUGAAAAUGAAAUCGACUUGAAUGACCCCGAAGUUCAAAAGGCAGCAACAAUGAUUCAGUCAAGUUAUCGAGGGUUCAAAACAAGGAAGAAUAUUAAGGGUUCUAAUUCAGAUGAAGCCAGUCCUGAAAAUGAAAUCAACUUGAAUGACCCCGAAGUUCAAAAGGCAGCAACAGUGAUUCAGUCAUUUUAUCGAGGGUUCAAAACAAGGAAGAAUAUUAAGGAUUCUAAUUCAGAUGAAGCCACUCCUGAAAAUGAAAUCGACUUGAAUGAUCCUGAAGUUCAAAAGGCGGCAACGGUGAUUCAGUCAAGUUAUCGAGGGUUCAAAACAAGGAAAACUGUUCAGAGUUCUAAUUCAGAAGAAGCCAGUCCUGAAACUGAUAUCGACUUGAAUGAUCCCGAAGUUCAAAAGGCAGCAACAGUGAUUCAGUCAUCAUAUCGAGGGUUCAAAACAAGGAAGAAUAUUAAGGGUUCUAAUUCAAAUGCAGCCUGUCCUGAAAAUGAAAUCGACUUGAAUGAUCCCGAAGUUCAAAAGGCGGCAACAAUGAUUCAGUCAAGUUAUCGAGGGUUCAAAACUAGAAAGAAUAUCAAGGGUUCUACUUCAGAUGAAGCCAGUCCUGAAAAUGAAAUCGACUUGAAUGACCCCGAAGUACAAAAGGCGGCAACAGUGAUUCAGUCAUCUUAUCGAGGGUUCAAAACAAGGAAAACUGUUCUGAUUUCUAAUUCAGAUGAAGCCAGUCCUGAAAAUGAAAUCGAUUUGAAUGAUCCUGAAGUGCAAAAAGCGGCAACCGUGAUUCAGUCAUCAUAUCGAGGGUUCAAAACAAGAAGGAAUAUUAAGGUUUUAAAUUCUGAUAAAGAAAGUCCUGAAAAUGAAAUCGACUUGAAUGAUCCCGAAGUUCAGAAAGCGGCAACGGUGAUUCAGUUAUCUUAUCGAGGCUUCAAAACAAGGAAGAAUAAUCAGGGUUCUAAUUCAGAUGAAACCAGUCACAACAGUGAGAUUGACUUGAAUGAUCCCGAGGUGCAGAAGGCGGCAACGAUGAUUCAGUCAUCUUAUCGAGGGUUCAAAACGAGGAAGAAUAUUAAUUGUUUUGAUUCCGAUGAAGCCAACCCUGAAAAUUAAAUUGACUUGAAUGAUCCCGAAGUUCAAAAGGCGGCAACGGUGAUUCAGUCAUCUUAUCGAGGGUUCAAAACAAGGAAGACUAUUAAGGGUCCUGAUCCAGAUAAAGCUAUUUUUGGAAAUGAAAUCGAUUUGAAUGAUCCUGAAUUACAGAAGGCGGCAACGGUGAUUCAGUCAUCUUAUCGAGGCUUCAAAACAAGGAAGAAUAAUUAGGGUUUUAAUUCAGAUGAAACCAGCCAUGACAAUGAGACUGCCUUCAAUGAUCCCGAAGUGCAGAAGGCAGCAACGGUGAUGCAGUCAUAUUAUCGAGGGUUCAAAACUAGGAAGAAUAUUUUAAAAGUUUUGAUCCAGAUGAAGCCAGUCCUGGAAAUGAAAUCGAUUUAAAUGAUCCCGAAGUUCAGAAGUCGGCAGCAGUGAUCCAGUCAUCUUAUCGAGGGUUCAAAACGAGGAAGAAUAUUCAGGCUUAUAAUUCAGAUGAAUCCAGUCCUGAAAAUGAAAUCGACUUGAAUUAACCCUAAGUUCGGAACGUGGCAAUGGUGAUUUAAUCAAUAAUAUUUAUAAAGGUUUCAUAAUAUGGAAAAAUCAAAGUUUGAACCUCAGUGAAACUCCCAAUAAUUUGAAUUUGUCUUGAUCAUAGCAAUUUUCAAAAGGCUACAACACUAAUACAAGUACUAUAAGGAGGAUUCAUAACUAAAAAAAAACUAAAAACUAAAAACAUCUUAGUAUACCCAAUAAAUAAAUUAUUUAUUAGGUCUCGAGGGACACAGAGCGGAUAAAAUAAUGGAGGACUUUCUAAACUAAGUAUUUGCUAGCACUGUUUAGUCUGAUACCUCAGUGAGAAUGAAAUGGGAAUGUAGUACCUCUCAUUUGCUUCUUAAAAUGGGAUGCAAAUGGAGUACUAUAAUAUUUCUCAUAUAUAAUUCGGUAUAAUUGUGUAGAUAUGUAACUAUAUAAUGUACUGAUUAUUUUUACUCAAUUUUAUGCUAAACACAGCCAUUUUGAUGUAAACCUGGUAUCCCAAUGUCUUCUCACCUUCUUUGGGAUAUUAUGCAAAGGUAAGUGAAAUUAAACUACUUUAGUCGGUUCACCGGGAGGAGGCAGGCCUAAACCUUCAAAAAUGGAUUCCUGGACUUGGUAUAAUUUUGCGGGGUAACGGUACUGCGCGCUCAUUGGUCAAUCCUUAACUUGUUCUAACAUGUAUAAAAUUGACUUAGUAUUCCUAUCAUAAUCCUUUUUGGCUGCAAGGUAACAGAUUGCACUUAGAAAAACUAACGCAAUAAGAUCUUUAUUGAUAACUGUGCGCUUUUUGAACUAUUAUAAAUAAAUCUGAAACGACAUUCACAACAAAACUAAGUCGGAACUCCACGUAAACGGAUAAUAUCCAGCGACGGAAGCGACUAUUAAGGCUAGACUUGUUUUAAUACUUUUUACCACUACAAAGUGCUAAGCUGCAGUCUACACAGUGUCAUUCGUUAACUCAUUUAUUGUAAGAUUUCUUGGUACAUUUUUAGUCCUGACUUAGUCAUAAUGUGUAGUGAUGCCAAGUAGUCAUAACGUAAACAAUGGCCUAAGGCAAGAACCUUCUCUUUUCUUUCAUCGUGCUAUCAUUAAUCCUGCAAUUUAUUUCCAUUAUUUGUGCUAAUAAACUAAUAAAUAGCCAUAAGAAAGAGCGAUUUUAAGAAUAACUACAUUUAGAUACUAACAGUAUUAAUUUUAAGAGGCAGCAGAGAGCGAGAGAUAGUAGGCUAUGUCACGGCAAACGAAAUUUACCGUAGGUUGGAUCUAGUAAACAACAGCCAAUGAGCGCCGCAGAGAUCGUCACCUAAGCAAUGAUGCCAAGUCUGCGAGUCCAUCCCUGAAAGGUCAGGCUCUCCAGCUCCCGUGGAACUGACUAUAGGGAUAUGUAACCAUUCUUUUGAUUUAUCUAAGCCUAUGUAUCUACUGCGUUGCGUUUGUUUCGUCUUUUAGACGGUCUCCUUGGAAAAAAAAAAUCGUGUAUGGUGAUGCUAUAAUUUUGUUCACCAUAUGCCAAUAUUUCUAAAUUUCUAGCACGCUACCUUAAAAAAUGUCUUCACAACGGCCCUUUAAUGGGUUGGCAUUAAUAUAAAGGUCAGGUCAAGGGUGUGGCGUGACUGCAUGAACCUAUCAUACAAACUCCUGUCACAUAUUUUGUUGUAUUUUAUAUUUUAUUUUAUACUUUAGAAAAUAUUAUUCUACGUCUAGUGAUUAUGUCACUCUGUAGGAGGGAGUCAAACUUAGUGACGGUGUGACGAAUGGGAAUGGAGUUCUGCGCGCGCUGAAGAGGCUGAACAGAGCUUUUUAUGUAAAUAUAAAAUGCAUCACUUCCUCCAACAUGCCUAAGUGUCUAAGAACGUACAAAGAUAACGUGGAAUUCUCUGAGGAAAAAACAGUAAAAUGAUGCAUGGUGUGUAGAUGUGGCUGCUUAUGCUGAUAUUGGCUGGCAAAAGUUUUCAACAUAAUUUUUUUUUUAAGAAGCAUUGCUUACUUUUCCAGAAUUCUCAGAAUUAAUAAGUGUCAUAGCCUCAUAGGUGACAUGAACGAUGCAUAACAAAAAUGUAGAUUUAAACUCGUUUAUCACAAAAUUUUUAUCAUGGUUUACUUAAAACUUAUGCUACAAAUAUUUAUCAUUCAUUUUCAAAUUUUCAGAAUUUUAUUUUAUCAUUCCCUGAAUAAAGUCGAUGCAUAUCAUCUGUAUUAUUCGAUUCGUUACAUUACAGUCAUUAUUACAAACAACAUUCAAUUACAAAAAAAAUAAAAUUCAAGUUUUGUAUUCCGAUCCAAAUAACAUAAGCUCAGCAACUACCAGGAAUAAUUUGUUUAAAUUUUCAUACACACUCUACAUUAUAUGGUGCUAUAAGUGGAUGCAUGGUUUUGAUAAUUGCAGCAUAUUCUUUUCCUGAAUGAUUUUCAUUGCGGGUGUUUUUAUAUUUUCAUACACUUACGGACACAUAAAGCAUUGAAAAGUUGUGCAAGAUCUUCAAGAUAACCUCAUUUGACGAAAUUAAGAAUUCUACCUUUGAUAGGAAUCAUGCUCCUAUCUCCAUUAUUUUAGCAGUAGACCCGCUUAUCGACAAAAAAAUAU